CUAUGACGACGCAGGGCGUUCCAGGAAGGGGCCUACCAACCGAGGCCUGGCGGGAAACACAAUUUGUGGGUACAGCUGCGGGUGACCGUCAACAGGCCUCUGCUGACGGGGCCGUGGGAGCCCUGCCCCACUCGAGCCCGGGGAGCUGGGCCGCGCUGACCCGCCCGCCGUCUGUAGGGCGGCGGACCCUGACUUUCCCGGGCUAGGCCCUGACUCUGACUCAUCCGUACCCCUCCUCGACCAUGGCAGGUUAUCUGAGAGAACACUCCCCAAAGAAGGGACACCAUACUAGAUGAAUUCUGAGUUCCAAUCUGAACAUAAACCAUCAAGGGGCCUCCUUGUUCAUUUGCUUUUGUUUUGCCUACAGAACUACGGGGCGGCCUGAAAGACGCAGCGCGAUUUUGAUUUGUUUCUGAAUUAAUUUUCUGGAGGAUUAGCUCUGGGAGUGAUAGGAGGCAUUGUUCAUUAUGUCUCUCCGCAAAGCGUCGGGAACUUCACUGAACUCCCCAUCAACCUCUGAGGUCAAACAGUCAAAACUGUCUGUAGUCAAGGAGGAGACAAGAGUCCUUCCUGAGCUGAAGGAGAAAAAAGUCAUGGUGGACCAUGUCAAACCCCUUCCUUCUUCCCUUCCGAAUGAAUUCAUCCCCGAGGAAGUUCUUCUCUCUCUGAACUAUGCAGCCAAUGCUGGUCCAUGUCCUGCAAACUUAUUGCCUGCUAAGAAACUUAAAGCUCCAAAGGGUGCUCUUCCACGUAUUGUAGACCAUGUCUGGCAGCACCCUGUUCGAAGGAAUAAAUUCAAAUAUCUGAUUGAUCAUCCUGUCUCCGUAACAGCAGCUGGAAGGGAUAUUUCUUUUCUGUAUGAUGUUAAAUAUGAAAAAGGAGAGACCAAGGAGAAGAAGCUUUGUCCCCCAGGUAUAAACAAGUCCCUAGAGCCCGAGGACAGUGCCAUGGUGCCUCAUAACAAGACAUUAGCAGACACUUUGGUCCCUGAAGAAUUUCAUAUUGUGUCAAAUACAGGAGUUUCGGGUUUGGAGUGUUAUGAUGACAAAUACACCACCCUCCUCACAGACAGUGAGAACAGGCUGUUGCUCUUCCCGUCCAUGAAACCUAAUAAGAGAGUAGAAGUGAUCCGGCUGGGUGACGUGAUGGACACCAUGUUGGAGAGGGCUGGAGUAGAGACUGAGGAGUAUGUGGGGCCAACCAAGAUGCACAAGCUACUAAAUGUGUUGAAAAAGGAACAGACCAUUUACAACACAGUAUUCCAUGAACUGAUUCGUCAAGUCAGCGUGGAUUGUGUAGAUAGAGGAGAACUGCUAUCAAGAAUCAGAGAGAGAUAUGUGCAAAUGCUUGACCAAAUUGCCCGGCAGAUGAUUGAAUUCUACAAAGACUUCGUAACUCAGCGGAUGAUGGACCAGCGCAUCUUACAAGAACUGUAUAACUUCAAGAAUGUGAUUGAGGAGUUGACCAGGGAACUUUGUCUGGUUCGGGCCCAUGACAGAAAAUUAACAAAGGAUGCAGAGAAAGCCCAGAAGGAUCUGGCAGAAGCUCUUUUGGAAGCAGAAAAGAAUGCAAAAAUAGUAGAAGACUACCACGACUUAUAUACAUUACAGAGAGGGCGGAUGGAGAAUGAUAUUAAACUCUUAAUGACAGAAAGAGACAUUUGGAGCUCAGCCACAUAUGAAUUGGCCCUAAAGGUAAUUGAAAGAAAUAGAGUCAUAAUGGCAAAAAAACUCUACCUCAGUGAAAAAGGCUGGAAUAAAUAUAUCAAGCAUUUCAUUAUAAUGCUGUCAACCAAGGACACUGCAGACCUUGCAGUGCUGCAGAAGUUAACAGAAAAAUGGAAAAGGUUAGUGAACCGAUUUAAGCAGGAUGUGGAACGCACGGAGGCUUCUACAAAGGACAGAGCGCAAACUGUGAAAACUGGGCUCCUCAGGUGGCAGGAGUUCUUCAAAAAUAACGUUGGAAAAGAGAUUGUAAGACCUAAUAAGGGGAACCCGUUCGCUGCGGUCCUUCUCGACUUCAAGGAGUUUCAAAAGAUGCUGAAUGAGGAGAAAGACAAUUUUACAGGGGAUUUUCUGUUGGCCAGAUAUGAUGCUCUCAAAGUGAUUAAACGCUUACAGGAAAACUGGACAGACAUUGGGUUUGGGAUAUUUAGUCGCCAUAAGAACAUGGAUGGGGUGUUACCCCCAGAGUACGAGUACAUGGAGGAAAUGCUAAAAACCAUAGGCAGACUCUACAAGGAGUACGAAAUAAGGAUAAACGGUGACAACGGUAUCUCCAAAGUUCUUCCAAACUUGAUUACUUCUCUGGACAUAUGUUUUUUCAAGUUAGAAAACUUCCUAGAGUGUACUAGUAUGCCCCCUGAAGACUGGGAUGAACUUGAUGAAAAAAUCAAUGAAAUGAAGUAUCAGUUGGACACAUUGUUAAACAUUAUUGGUACCGUUCCACAAUACCUGGACAUGGAUUCUGGCGCGACACUCCAAAGUCAUAUAUUUGACAUGAUUCAACAAUGGCUUUUGAAGAUAGGCAAUGAAAUCACCAAUGGUAACAUUGAACUUCUUCGACACAUGGAUGAAUUGCAUAUAGCCAUGAUCAAGUGGAUGGUCAACUUGCUGACCAUAAUGCUUCCUGACUAUACUAACCAAGAGACUCUCCCAAAGCUGGAGGAGGAAGAACUAGAGGCCCAGGAGCAACGCGAAGUGGGAAUUGCAGAAUUAGAGUUGAAUGCCAUUUCACUGGCCAAGAAGUUGGCACAAUACUCCAGCUACUUGCACAGCUGCUGCAUAGGCAUGGUAAGGGCAAUGGCCCUGACUCGAGCUGCUCACUUACAGAAGAACCCUGCUAAGGAACUGCAGGAGCUGGAGAAGAUGAGGAGAGAAUGUUAUGAUUGGAUCAGCACAUGUUCGCACCUCCUUUCUAAUAUCAAAGGCAGGAAAAUGCGAUUACUGAACUACGAGGAAGCAGAGCAGCUGCUUGGGGAAGAGGAAGCUACGAAAAUUUAUUUUGACCCAGAAAAACCUUUUAUUGGUGAUGAUGAAGACGAAAUUGAGAUGAAGGAGGAUGAAAUUCAAGAAAAGGAAGAAGUAAAAGUGAAGGAAGAAGUAGAAGUGAAGGAAGAGGCAGAAGUGAAGGAAGAGGCAGAAGUGAAGGAAGAGGCAGAAGUGAAGGAAGAGGCAGAAGUGAAGGAAGAGGCAGAAGUGAAGGAAGAGGCAGAAGUGAAGGAAGAGGCAGAAGUGGAGGAAGAGGAACCUUCAACAUCUACAGACAACAAACAAACCAUUCGAUACAUCGGGAAAGAUGAAAACAUUCAUUCCAAACCUCUGUUUGAAGAAGAUAUAUUUUCAUCCUGGAGGGAACCAGCUUACAAAGGUGUAUUGGAGCCAAAGUAUCUUGAAGUAAUGGCUGUCAUUGAACACAUGCAGGAGAAGCUUGUACAGAUUGACAGCAGAGCCAGAGAGGCGGAGGAGAAGUUUGAUGAUGUAAACGAGAAACUUCAUCACACCCUCAUAAGAAACAGAGAUCUGGAGAAGGAAUUAGAAGAAAUGGCCAAGAAAAUCAGGAAAGAUUCACGUGUAAGAAUAGAAAGCCCCAAGGAGGAGGAAGAGGAGGAGGAAGAGGAAGAAGAAUCUGAACAAAAGGAAGGGAGCCAAGAAGGAGAGGAACACAGACACGGGAAAAAAUCCCCUAAACACUCAAAGAAAGAAGCACAGCCCAAGGAUGGUUCUUCUAAGUCUGGAACCCGGACUAAAUCUAAGGCCAAACCCAAAUAGCUUCCCAAGAGACCGGGGUUCACAGCGGCCAUGCCCCUGAACGUGCACAGAUAUGUGAGCUGUGGAGCUGGCCAUGCUGCUCGCAUGGAUGGACUCCCUUAGCAACAGCCAUUAGAAAAGCCACACCAUCCAAGUCACCAACACUUUCCUUUAGAGGCACAGAGAGGCCACAGGGAGUCAGCACAUGAGUUUACUUGCCAGAUUAAAAACAGUUCAUGCAAAAGUAUGCUGGCCUCUUCAGUUGAUUUCCCGAGAGUUCUACCAAAAGUGUUCAUUUCUAAGAAGAAAAUACUGCUGUAGACUCAGAUCAGGUGGGAAGGAAUUAGGAAGCUUUAGGUUUUGAUUCAGCAGAGAGGAUCCUGCUCAUUUGCCUAGAUUUCAGUCAGAGAUUCGAGUUUCCUGAUUUCAGGCACCUUUCUGAUCUUUCUGAUCUUAAUAAUCCUUUGGCUAGGUAGGGGAGAUGCUGUUAAUCCUGUUUCUCAGAAAAUGAGACUGAGCCCCAGAAUGGUUAUCAGUCUUCCUGAUUCCACAGAUCUGAUUGGUGUCAGAAUCUGCACCUGGCUGGAUUUGUCUAAACUGUCUGCCCAGCCAUGGUUCCAUGGCUUCUUUAGCACAGCUCUGUGUUGCUGGAGACUCAACACUGUUUUCUCUUUGACGACCUCAUUCACCUUCACUUUUCAUGUCCCAGAGUCUGUACGGCACAGAAGAUGGUCUGUCCUGUAAAAGUAAGCUGUGAAUGUCAAAUGGCUGUGGCUGUCACUCUGCAGGGCUCCCUCCUACACUGCGUCUGGCCUGCUUGGGUUUGCAUACCUCUGGGACUCAGUUGUUGUCAGGAAGGUUGCUGCAUCUGUUUUAUUCCAUACAAUUGCUGUUCCUUUGGCUUUCUCUCCUAGAAUUAUAGACCUUUGAGCUUUCAUCCUCAGAAACCCACUGACUCCAGAGUCCUCAGCCUUGGACAGGUCUGCCCCUGGCCACCAACAGAGUAUGAGGGAUGGGUUCAACAUUGCUUAGGAGUUACCUAUGCCUACUGGACAGGGUCAACUACACUUAGUGCUAAUAGGCAAGAAAACAUGAAAUUCUUCAGACAGUUGGGUGUGCUCAUGGCCCAACUGAUGGCCAAAGCCUUAGCUCUUGCUUACAGUUUCCACCCGCUAGGCUACAGCCCUGCCUUCCUCCUUCCAAAAGACAUCCCUUGAUGACACUGGUAAAUCUGAGGGCUUUUUAGUCCUGCAUGGUUAUGGUUUUUAUUAAUUUUCUACUCCAUAGGAAUGAAUGGGCAUUCCCAUACAAAUUAGUAGACCCCAUCUGUGAACACGAGCCAUGUCCCUUAGCAUGUGUCAAAUCACAUCAACUCCAUCAGGUAGAAGGCACUAAGUGCUGUGUCUACUGCUACCCUGAUUGCAGUGGGAUGUUUUGUAUCUAGAACUUUAUUAGUUGAUUGUAAGCCACAGAAACCUCUUUUUGCAGGGUAAUUUAUUGGAAGGAUUUGGGGGAGCUCAAGUAAUUGAAAUCUUUAAAAACUAUGAUGAGACCAGUGAUCACAAGCAUCUUUGUAAGAUCUCUGGUAUAAUAAUUGCUUUACCAUCUCACCCCAGAUUACUAUAAACAAAUUCCAAUCAUUUC